GGGACCACUAUUCUCUGUGGCAGGCCCGCUUUUAUCAAAGGGCAGUGCAGAAGAGGGCGGGGAUGCACGGCACAUGCUCAGUGCUGUCUCUACUGCCUGCCCAGCUGCCGGCUGCAGUGUCUCUGCCCGUGGCUCGCUACCAUGCUGCCUUGCCCCUCCACCCCGGCCAUCAGAGAGGAGCUGGUGCAUGAAGAACAGCAUGAAGUCGGCAAAAUGAAAGUGGAGUGUAAGCGACUUGUUCGGGAACGAGAUGAGGCUGAGAGGCAGCUGAAACAGAUUAAGCGAGUUUCACAGAUGGUUAUAGAAGAAGUUAACGCUCUGCACACACAGUUGGAGAUUGAGAAGUCGUGUCGAGAGAAUGCAGAGGUCUUGGCCACUAAGCUCAGUCAUGAAAACAAGAAACUGAAGUACCUGAGCCUCACAUCGCGGGUCUGCCUGGAUGACCUUCUGCCCAGUAUCUCGGACUGUGGUGCUGCAGAGGAGGAGCCACAGGACCCCAGCCCUGACCCCUGCACCCAGUACCAGCAGCAGGUCAAAGAUCUGCAGGAGACUGUUACACAGCUACUGGAAGAAAAGAAACAGCUUGCUGGUCAAGUCCAGGAACUGCAGAGCAACACUGAGGAACAAACCAGCAGACUGGAGAAAGAACAAGCUGAGAUGGAAGAGCUGCAGAAUGUUCUGGAAAAACAAGCAAAAACAAUCAAAAGUUUCAACAGGGUGUCCAUGAUGGCGACCCAGGAGUACGAGGACCUUCGGCAGCAGCUGGACCUGGAGCAGAGUCUGAGGCAGGAGGCUGAGACUUUUGCUCAUGAGAUGCUGAUCAAGCAGAAGGAGGUGAAUCGACAGAGUGCAAUCCUCCUGCAGCAGGUAGACCCCAGCGUCCAGCUGCUGAAAGCCCUGGAGGAGGUGGCGUCCAUCACCAAAACCCUAGAGGAAGAGCGGCGGCAGAAUCAACUUAAGAUUCAGGAGCUGGAGUCCAACCUGAACAACUCAGUGCUGCAGAAGGAACUGGGAAUGUUGCAGAAACAGCUGGAAGUGGUUGAGGAGGAGCGGCGGGAAACAGAACAACGAUCACAAGAUACGGAGCAGAGGAACCGUGAGCUGGAGAUCCAAGUGAAAGAGUUGCAGGAGAAGCUGAGGUUCCAGGUGAUUGAAUCAGCUCCAUCCAUGGCACCUCCUCCACCACCACCACCAACGCCACCCCCUCCUCCUCCUCCCCCACCCCCUCCCCCCCCACCCCCUCCUCUACCAGCUACACGUUGCAACCCAUUAAGUUCCCUUAUUGCUAUAGUGCGGCGAUCAUCCAAGAAUACCAAGACACAGCCGAAACCUGAACCCAGCAACAACCAAACAGGAAUCGAUGAUGUGAAAGUAAAGGCUGUGAAUGAAAUGAUGGAACGGAUCAGACACGGUGUCAUGCUACGACCUGUGACACAUGUCUCAAAGAGGAAGGUUAGCCACAAGCCAUCGCCGGUGGAUGAGAAAGCGCAGGAGAGCGCCAUGGACGAGCUGAAGGGCAUAUUGGACUCUAUGAAGAAAAGCCCAAGUCGCGGGUUUCCGGACACGGGGCAGAAGGCAGAGAACGAGCUGGAGGUGGUUCUGAGGCGUAGACGGAAGCAAGCUUCAGACUACAGUCCAAGAGACGGAAGUGAUACAGAUGCCAGUGAUUCUGCCUCCACCAAGUCACUUAGCCUGAAGGACGGCGAUUACAGGAAGAGCAGUAACCUGCAGUCCAGCCCCGAGCCACGGGCUCCCAGCUCCGAAGACCGGGAGAGCAGCAGCUCCGGCAGCUAUGAAGAAAUUAAGAGAAAAUGUUCAACUAAAGAAGAGAUCAUUCAAGCCCAGGGUAUCCUUAUCACCGUAAAUGGGCAGUCCGACUCAGCGGAGCAGAGAAGCAGCCUGGUUCAGGACAGGAGCACAUCCGAGGGUGACAGCUUGAUCCAGGAAAGCCUGGAUGCAGAUUGUUGAUGGCAGCCAGGAGGUGGUGUUGUCAGGCAGCCUACAGCUAUUGUUGAAAAUGAUAACCUGGCCAUCUGACCAGAAGGCCUGUAAAUGUGCAGGUUCAAAUGACAUGGGUGACGUGUGACCCAGUGAGGUAGCUCACUGAGUUCGCUCAGCCUGAGGUACAGGCUCAGCUGGAGGGUAACUAACAUCCUUGGAAUAGAAUUCCUCCUCCAUCCUCCAGCGUGAUUAUUGCCUUUUCUGUUGGUGGGCAGAAAGUCACGGGCUGGAGGGUAUAGAGAGGAAUAUCUAAGGUACAUUCCUGUUGCCUUGCGCUGCAGAGUGCAGACUCACCUGACGUCACCGCCACAAAUGAGAGAAGUUUCACAGAUGUGUUCCAUAAAGUCCAUAACACCAGAUCUAGCUGUGGCCUUGACAGCCUCAUUUUAUUUUUCAUUUUAUUAAUUUUAUCAGCUCCUCAAAAAGAUUUGGCGUGAUAUUAGUCAUAACUAAUUACAGGUUCAACUACGACUACAUUAAAAUUCAUUCAGAUGUAAUGUUUGGAUUUGCUGGUGAUUAUUUUUUGCCAAUUUUCAUCCCAUCCUGUUGCCUCCUAACCACAACCUAGGGCUUGAUCAAGCAUAAUAUAAUACGGAAGGUGAGUGCAUUACUUGUUAUCUCCUGACCUCUGCCAACCAGGUGCUUCCUCUUCUAUGAACGUUUAGUCCAGCAUUACAAAACCUAUUCGUUUCUCACUCCAGUUGUUAUUGGCCACAAACAGCAGCUGUACCAUUCCAAUCACACAUUGCUAACAGCUUAGUAUCAGAAAUUGAUUAUUAAUUAGAUAACAUGAGUAGAAACCCCCUAUUAUAUAAUUCCUCUGAAACCUGAUCCUCCGGAUAUUUCUGUGUACAUUCUGUUGUAGGGGAAUGUCACUGAGGAGAACCACUGUCCUGUCUUCUGCUCAGUGCUGCCUCAUGAUUCCCAGUGGAGUACACAGGGCUGCUGCUGCACAUCUCACGGUAUAAUUAUCGUCACCUCUCGAGUCUCCAGCGUUUUCAUGUGAAAACAAUGUCAGUUUGAUGGGCACGACCAUGAAAGAGGGAGGACCAAAGAAACAGAACAUCUGCAGCAAGUGGUUAUUAAACUGGAGGAUAAUUCCAGACAAUAGGAUAUUCAUGCCACAUACUGCUCCCGUUUAGAGGCAUAAUAACAAUCAACAAAAUAAUAUUUACUUCAGCUGUACCUGGAGUGGUAAAGUUGCAGCCAGAACGUAGAAAUGUACAGCAUUAGGAACAGGCCCUUCGGCCCACAAUAUCAGUGCCGAACAUGAUGCCAAGACCAAGUCUUAUCUACCUGCAUAUAAUCCAUAUCCCCCCCCAUUCAAUGCAUAUCAUUGUGCCUAUUUAAAAGUUCAACACCACUACCGUAUUGUAUGGAAAGAGUAAAUGCGCAAGAUAAUUCUGCCAAUAUCCACCAUGGAGUUUGAGGAGAUGUGGAUUGUGGCUGCACUAUGAUGCAGAGACAGCGUUCCAUCCUGCUGCCAGACCGCUAAGAGGAGUUGCAGAGUCUGGCCAAUUUCCAGCUGUGUUGAAAACCUUUUCCAGUUCUCCAAUAACAUGGUCUUGAAUGAGAAAGUAGGGCUUUUUUUUAAUAGAUUGUUCAACUAAACCUGUUUAGCAGGAAAUAUUGCACAGAAACACAAUUCUAGUUACUCAACCUGAUGAUAACAUUUAGUUGAAAAGUCACAAUGGAAAAGUUUAAUUUUGCAAGCAGAAGGAGAUAAACUAUUUGCUGCACAAUGUGCGAGCUCACCGCAAGUCUGAUGGAAAGGCAAAUGAUCAAUGCAGCAGAAUAAUUAUCCAGAGACACACGAGACCAUAAAUGCUGGAUCGUGAACAAAAUUGGCUGGUGGAGGAACACACCAGAUUAGGCCUGACCCACUGAGUUCCUCCAUCAGAAGAAUGAUGUAAUCAGUUUAUACUGGAGCUGUGGU